UAUUGCCGAAUCGCUUCAGUGAAGCAAAACGAAUCUGGUUUCACUUUGCAGAAGUGACUGUGUUCGAACAAUUAAACCAGGUUCUUGUUGUUUGUUAUAUACAAUAAAAAAAAUGUUUUGAAACAGGCAACAAAAAUCAUAGUAACAGCGUUUUUGACUUUGCAAUUUUGAAAUAUUUCCAACUGGCAGAUUUGAAUCUAUAUUUGGCCUGGGUGGGGUCGUUAAAUAAAUACAUAUUACAUUGAGUAGGUGGUUGAAAAGUUCUACUGGACUGAAUUCUUUUGAAAUAACUUCUGGAAUGGACAUGAAAUAAACUCCAAAAUGGAUCAUCAGGCAAUUGGUUUUGAGCUGGCAAAUGCAGGUCCUGCUAAUGGAAAACCCCAUCAUGUCACCCAAAUAUCAUAUCGUCCAUUGCCAGGAUCUGUAUCUUCAGUAGCUCCAGCUCCACCCCAGGGUGGCCUGUACCCUGCAAUGGACCCUAGAUCUCAGGCCCCACCCCAGGGUGGCAUGUACCCUGCAAUGGACUCGGGAUAUCAGCCUCCGCCCCCCACACAGGCACCCAUUGGCUUUGAGAUGUCCAACAUGCCCCAUGACAAUGGUGGUCCUACUGAGGUCGUGUCGGACAAUCCCCCACCUGGGGGCGUAAAGGGGGAGCCUGAAGAGAGAAUUCCUCUGUCACCAAAGCAGAGCCCAGAGGAGGAGGAGACGAUGUACUUCAAGGACAACAGGCGCCGUAUCGAUUAUGUGUUGGCAUCAGAGGUCGGGUCGAGUGCAGAGAAGGAGAACCGUGUCGCAAAGAGGAAGUACUUCAUAGAGGAGAUACAGAAAAUGGGGCUUGAACUGGAAUUUGAAGACGCAGAGAACUCAAAGAGUGGAAAGGUUGCGUUUAUCAAGUGCCACGCCCCCUGGGACGUGCUUGCCAAGGGCGCUGAACUCAUGAACAUGAAGAUGCCGUUGGCGCCAAACGACAUGAACUUGGAACACAAGGGUGUAUUUGACUGUAUCCCCACACCAUUUGACCUAGAUAAGGAUCUGAUAGAAGAAGAUGAUAACUACUUUACAGCACCUUUUAACAGGCGCCGAAUGGAACAGUUUGUGAUCAAAGACAGGGACUCAUUCUUCACAAACGCCCAGCGAAGCAGGAUCGUGUACGCAAUUCUCGCUCGCGCCUUCUAUGAGGACGAGGAUCCUAACAAUCCUGGCAAACGACGCUUCGGAAUCAAGAAACUGCUCGCCAAUGGCACCUUUAAUGCUGCCUACCCGCUCCAUGAGGGCAAAUAUCUCAGCGAGCAUUCGAUCCUUACGAGGGGAAAACAGAACAACAGACAUUUGCUGUAUGAGAUCUGGGCCCGCCCUAGAUGCUGGUACAAGUUCCAACCACUCGACAAAAUCAGAGAGUACUUUGGUGAGAAGAUUGGUAUCUACUUCACAUGGCUGGGUUACUACACAAUGAUGCUGGUGCCUGCGGCCAUUGUGGGUGUUGUUGCCUUCAUAUAUGGCCUUGUUACUAUGUGGGACGACCAAGUCACGAAUGACCUGUGUGAUGCCUCGUCAACUGGGAAUCUGACCAUGUGCCCCCUGUGUGACGGUCGCUGCACGUACUGGCGCCUUACUGAGAGCUGCGUCUACUCAAGGGCCACUUACCUGUUUGACAAUCCUGCCACUGUGGCAUUUGCCUGUUUCAUGGCACUCUGGGCCUCAUUUUUCCACGAGUUCUGGAAGAGAAAGCAGGCUGAACUAGAGUAUGAAUGGGAUGUUGCAGACUUUGAAGAGGAGGAGGAGACGGUGCGCCCAGAGUUUGAAAACACAGUAAGAAGAAAGAGAGAAAAUCCGGUGAAUAAGAAAUUGGAGCCGUAUGUGCCGAAAUGGAGCAAGUGUUGCCGUUACUCCACAACCCUCUUCAUUUUGCUAUUCUUUUUUGCCUUGGUGUUGAUGGCGAUCGUGGGAGUGAUACUCUAUCGUAUUAUCAUCGCUGCGUUACUCUAUCACACUGACGCCAACAUGGUGAAGGGGCGGGCUGGAAUCAUCUCCUCGGCAACCGCGGCAUGCAUCAACCUUGUCAUCAUCGUGUUGCUCAACUUUGUGUACCAGAAAAUUGCGGAAGGGCUGACAGAAUUGGAGCAACAUCGCACGGAGUCAGAAUGGGAGGAUGCUUUCACUUUCAAGAUGUUCCUCUUCCAGUUUGUCAACUACUACUCUUCCAUCAUCUAUAUCAGCUUCUUCAAGGGCAAGUUUGUGGGCCGACCUGGUGACUAUAACAGGAGCUUUUUCGGCUACAGGCAGGAGGAGUGUGACCCAGCCGGCUGCCUUAUAGAGCUGUGUAUACAGCUGGGAAUCAUCAUGGUGGGCAAGCAGGCCUUUGCAAACUUCAAGGAAGUUAUCCUGCCGAAGCUGGUGGUGUGGUGCAAGUCACGCAGUGUUUUGAAGGACAAGGAAGACAAAGUGUAUACUCACUGGGAGCAGGACUACAACCUAGCUGACCAGCCAAAACUGGGACUCUUUGAUGAGUACCUGGAGAUGGUGAUCCAGUACGGAUUUGUGACAAUAUUUGUGGCCGCGUUCCCUCUUGCCCCAUUCUUUGCGCUCAUCAACAACAUCAUAGAGAUACGCCUGGAUGCCUACAAGUUUGUCACACAGUGGAAGAGGCCCCUCGCUGUACGAGCCCAGGACAUAGGUAUCUGGUUUGGAAUUCUACAGGGCGUGUCAGCUAUUGCAGUCGUGUCAAAUGCUGCGAUCAUAGCUUUUACCUCUGAGUUUAUACCACGUAUGGUGUACAAGUAUGGGUACAGCUCUGACCAGUCGAUGCACGGAUAUUACGAGACAUUCCGCAUGUCAAAGUUUGACAUAUCAGGGUUCCAUAAUGACUCUCGGCCAACGUCAGUGGAGCCGGAAUUCGGGAAUCUCAGCAUCUGCAUGUACCGAGGUUUCCGCCAGGCGCCAGAUGGAGAUGAUCCCUAUGCGUACACGAUGGCAUUCUGGCAUGUUCUUGCCGCUCAGCUUGCAUUUAUUGUCCUGUUUGAGAAUCUGAUAGUGUUCUUCACUUGGCUGGUAAUGUACCUGAUACCAGACAUGCCAUACUACGUGAAGAUGCAGAUGCUCCGGGAGAAGUUCCUCGGUAAGCAGGCCCUCUUCCAUGCUGAGGAGAUACACGAUAACAGGAGACCCAAGAAUGAGUAAUGGAAAGACAAAAUAGUUCAUGGACAUGGCCAUGAACACUGAAGUCAAUGGCUCAGUACUAGACACUGGUGAAUCUGUGUAAAAUAGAAGGAGUUACAUCCAGCUUGCAAAAAGCCCUAGAAAUGUAUCAAAGGGCGUCUUCAUCAGCCAUCAUUAAGUUAUCUGUCAGAAGUGGAUGUGUUGACCAUUCAAAUCAUCAUGGCCUUAAAUAUAUCAGGUGGAAAAGAAAAUAGCAAGUAAAAUUAUUUCUGACAUAGUGGUCUAUGAACGGAAGUAUAAGGACUUAAGUGUGUAACAUUAAAGUUAGCUUUAGUUGAACCGCAUUUAUGUCAUAGUACUUGUAUAUACAUAUUAUAUAUAUAUAUCUAUAUGAUAAUGUCUUAUGUUUGACGGCAGCCAAUUAUAUAAAACAAAAAAGUUAUGAAAAGUUAUUUGGUCAAAAAGUUUAUUGAUUGGUCAAUUGUUUUCCAAUGAUAACUAUUAAACAAUCAAAUCAAUGGAAUCUGGCCUACUGCUCACCUAUGGACAUAUUGUCCAAGUCUUAUACGGUUGGCUUCUCAUAUCUUGUCUCAUACCUUUAAAUCAUAUAUAUGUUCUUUCUGCAUUGUUGGGAUAGAUUAUUUAUUGAUGUUCAGCAAUGUGGAGCAAAACAAUUAGUUAUACAUGUUCAGAAACUACAAAUAAGCGUCAGGUAUAUUAUUUAGGCAAUUAUUUUUCUAUGCCUAUACUUUGGUAACCAAAUUUCAUUAUAUACACAUGUACUUCCUAUUUUUUGCUGUUGUGAUCUUAUAAAUUAUUUUUUUAAUGUUGUGAACUGAAACAUUUACGUGAAGUAAUUGUUUACUAGCAACAUUAUGUACUUAAUCUUACAUUGUAUUAACUGGUUGCGAGUGUUGCUGUAUAGUUUGAAGGUAUUGAUAAAGAAAUGAAACAUUUACAUGUACAUAUAUAUUAAUACAGCACAUGCAUUUACUAUGUUAUAUUGAUUUGCAUAUAAGAUUCAUGUUUUCAGUAAAAUUUCAUUCAUAUGGUAGAAAUACUGUCAGAUUUUUUUUUAUAUUGUAUUUAAAACAAAGUUGCUACAAUAUAUGUGCAAGACUGGACUAACAGUGUGUACUUCUUAUGAUUGGCCUAACAUUGUGUUUUUCUUAUCAUGAUAGCCUAGCACCUUGUACUUCUUAUGCAAUUAAAAUGGAAUAACCAUUACCAGUAAUAUUGUAAGGAAGUAAAAUGUUCUUGACACAUGGCAGUUAUGGACAUUCAUAUUCUUGCUCAUUGAACACCUUGUCAUGUUACAUGUGUAUUUCAUACUUACACUAAUUACGUAAUUAAUCAUUUAAUUUAUAACAGGUAGACAGACUACCUGUAUACAUGUACAUAAAAUUAUGUUCAUCAUUAUUACAUGAUAAUUAUUAGACUCUGCAGUUUAGUGCUGAAAGUUAAACACAUCAUAACGUAGCUCCUUGUUAUGGUAACAGAUAUAUAUUUUCAUUAUUUUUUUACCUUCAACAGUUUGAUAUAUACAUUGGUUGACUUUUUAAUUGUCAGAAUUUGAUUUUUGAAAUUGCUCACCUGCAUGAAGGAGGGCCUAAUUGGACAAUCUUUUCUUCCUUGAUUUAUGUAUUUCCAUCAUUGUAUGAUUAAGUAUGUUUUUUGGGAGAAGCAUUUUAUGAAAAUUAAUUCGGAGUGAAAAAUCAAGUUUCUUGUUUUUGAAUUUAUACUGAUGUCUUUGUAUGUCUAUUCAAAAUUGAGGGGGAGGGAUUUUGUCCUAAAAUCAAAUUACACAUUAUUUCUUUUAGAACCUAGUCUAACGUUAUGCAAUGCACUCAACUAUAUUUGUAGUAAUAAAUGUAUGUGAAUACAUUAAAGCCAUCCAACAAUCUUUACUACCCAGUAGUUUGCAUUACUUGUAUAUUGUAUAACAUACAUGUAUAAUAAUCACUUUCUGUCUAGAUGUUUAAAUCUGUUUUGUGCUUCACAUGAAAACAAAUGUCAUGCAUAUGUUACCUGUUCUGUAAGUUUAUGAAAAUCAGCAAACUUUAAAAAAAUGUAAAUAUUUUAUGUUUAUGUUUAUACUUUAAGUUCUUCUGAUAGUGUGGUGGGACUUAAUGUUAAGUGUUUUUCAUCGUGUGGUGAGACUUAAUGUUAAGUGUUUUUCAUCGUGUGGUGAGACUUAAUGUUAAGUGCUUUUCAUAGUGUGGUGAGACUUAAUGGUAAGUGCUUUUCAUAGUGUGGUGAGACUUAAUGUUAAGUGCUUUUCAUAGUGUGGUGGGACUUACUGUUAAGUGUUUUUCAUCGUGUGGUGAGACUUAAUGUUAAGUGCUUUUCAUAGUGUGGUGGGACUUAAUGUUAAGUGUUUUUCAUCGUGUGGUGAGACUUAAUGUUAAGUGUUUUUCAUCGUGUGGUGAGACUUAAUGUUAAGUGCUUUUCAUAGUGUGGUGAGACUUAAUGGUAAGUGCUUUUCAUAGUGUGGUGAGACUUAAUGUUAAGUGCUUUUCAUAGUGUGGUGGGACUUAAUGUUAAGUGUUUUUCAUCGUGUGGUGAGACUUAAUGUUAAGUGCUUUUCAUAGUGUGGUGGGACUUACUGUUAAGUGCUUUUCAUAGUGUGGUGAGACUUAAUGUUAAGUGUUUUUCAUCGUGUGGUGAGACUUAAUGGUAAGUGUUUUUCAUCGUGUGGUGAGACUUAAUGUUAAGUGCUUUUCAUAGUGUGGUGGGACUUAAUGUUAAGUGUUUUUCAUCGUGUGGUGAGACUUAAUGUUAAGUGUUUUUCAUCGUGUGGUGAGACUUAAUGUUAAGUGCUUUUCAUAGUGUGGUGAGACUUAAUGGUAAGUGCUUUUCAUAGUGUGGUGAGACUUAAUGUUAAGUGCUUUUCAUAGUGUGGUGGGACUUACUGUUAAGUGUUUUUCAUCGUGUGGUGAGACUUAAUGUUAAGUGCUUUUCAUAGUGUGGUGAGACUUAAUGUUAAGUGCUUUUCAUAGUGUGGUGAGACUUAAUGUUAAGUGCUUUUCAUAGUGUGGUGAGACUUAAUGUUAAGUGCUUUUCAUAGUGUGGUGAGACUUAAUGUUAAGUGCUUUUCAUAGUGUGGUGAGACUUAAUGUUAAGUGCUUUUCAUAGUGUGGUGAGACUUAAUGUUAAGUGCUUUUCAUAGUGUGGUGAGACUUAAUGUUAAGUGCUUUUCAUAGUGUGGUGAGACUUAAUGGUAAGUGCUUUUCAUCGUGUGGUGAGACUUAAUGUUAAGUGCUUUUCAUAGUGUGGUGAGACUUAAUGUUAAGUGCUUUUCAUAGUGUGGUGAGACUUAAUGGUAAGUGCUUUUCAUCGUGUGGUGAGACUUAAUGUUAAGUGCUUUUCAUAGUGUGUUGGGACUACUGUAAAGUUCUUCUGAUAGUGUGGUGGGACUUAAUGUUAAGUGCUUUUCAUAGUGUGGUGGGACUUACUGUUAAGUUCUUCUGAUAGUGUGGUGGGACUUAAUGUUAAGUGCUUUUCAUCGUGUGGUGAUACUUAAUGUUAAGUUCUUCUGAUAGCGUGGCGGGACUUACUGUCAAGUUCUUCUGAUAGUGUGGUGAGACUUAAUGUUAAGUGCUUUUCAUCGUGUGGUGAUACUUAAUGUUAAGUUCUUCUGAUAGUGUGGCGGGACUUACUGUCAAGUUCUUCUGAUAGUGUGGUGAAACUUAAUGUAAAGUGCUUUUCAUAGUGUGGUGGGACUUACUGUUAAGUUCUUCUGAUAGUGUGGUGAGACUUAAUGUUAAGUGCUUUUCAUAGUGUGGUGAGACUUAAUGUUAAGUGCUUUUCAUAGUGUGGUGGGACUUAAUGUUAAGUGCUUUUCAUCGUGUGGUGGGACUUAAUGUUAAGUGUUUUUCAUAGUGUGGUGGGGCUUAAUGUUAAGUGCUGUUCAUCAGGUUGUAGGGACUUUCUUUUAUGUUCUUCAUACUGUUGAUAUUAUUUGGUUGUUAUUUGAUGUUGUGCUAAAAUAUGAAUUCUUUGGAGAUACUAUUUUCUGCCAUGACAUGUUUUUUGUUUCGUUAAAUUCUUGAAUGGCAUAUCUUUUAUUUAAACACAACUUGUAUACUUGUAAAAAUAUUUUUUGUGCCUAAAAAACAGUUGUUUGAAGUGUUUGUGCCUAAAACCAACCAGGUCAGGAUUCUUUACAACAUUUUAAAUGUGUCAUAUUUCAUGAUGAAGUGUUUGGGGGGUUUUCUAGGAGGAAAUCCAAUGCAAUGCAAUUAAUCAGAACAUAUUUAUCAUUUCUUCCUAUAGCCUAUUUACAAUUGUUGUUUUGAUAUCCUUGCUAAAGAUCUGAACUGCAUUAUUUAUAUACUUUUAUACAAUCACGUUGUGAUAUUCUGUUGUUGUUUUUUUCAUCCAUAGUCCCUUUGUUUCCAGUGGCCUGUGGCAUCACCACAUGUUUUGUUUUUCAUCUGUUUAAAUACCUUGCUUAAGUUGAAUUACAUCUAUUAUAACCAUUAUGGUGCUUUAGAUACACAAGAGCUGCACAUUGUUAACUUGCACUAGUAUUUUAUGUCGGUGAAUCAAUCAAAUAACAAAUUUGAAACUUUGACAAGGCCCAAAUUUCUCAAACAAUGUUAUGUUCCUGCUUACUGCUCAUUUUAUAGACUUCUGAGACUAAAGGAAAUUAUCUUGUUGACAAAAACAAUGAACUACUUCUUUUUAAUAAAACCAAGUUUUAGUAAGUAAUAUGGAUAAGUGAAAAAGAUACUAAAGCUUUUUACGCUUAUAAUUGUUUUUAGAAAUUUGGGCCUGAUGUUUGCCAAUAGUUAAAGUUUCAUUAUUAUAAAACUUCACACAUUUGGUAAAACCCAGAAUAAUAAAGAAAAAAAUAAUUUGCAGAUUUAAGAGAAUAUCUUGAGUAUGUAAAGGUAUAAUUCCCCUAAACUUUCAAACUUAUGUGAGCAAAAACUGUUUGUUGUUUUUUAUGAACAAUAUCUAUUUUAAAUAUAUAAAAACAUAUGCUUUUUAAAGAUUAAGAAUAUUAUUAAUACUAAGAAAUAUGUGUGUAAUUAGUUCAAGUUUAUCAUUAAUCUAAACUCACUUUAAAUGUUACAAGUCAGAGCAUAUAAGGGUAUGUAAGAGUUGUGCCAAACUCGUUAUGAUGGUAGAACUAUAUUCUAAAUUUAUAUCUAUAUUCAAAUUUAAAUCUAUAUUUUAGCUUAUAUAUCCGUAUCUAGUUUAGGAUUAUAGAAUGAUGAACAUUAGUAAAUAAAAGUUAGAUUUCCAUUUUUAUAAGACAAAAAUUGAAAAUGCUCUUAAUGUUACUUGCUCAUUUGUAGGCAAUAAGACUACGUGCUCACCUUUAGAUAUUUACAAGUUGUUAUUUAACAAUUUGUCCGAUUAAUUAAUUAUGCCUUUUCUAUGUGCCUAUGUUGUUUUUUUCUUUCUUACAGCAAUUUGCAAUGUUACAUAUGGGCUGAUUGUUCAGAACUCUGUUAAAGUAAACAACAUUGCUAAAGUUAUCAUUGUUCGCUUUCAAAUCUGAACUGCUGUGGAAGUUUUAUCAGGUAAGGGUUAACCCUACACUGGUUUUCAGAUAGCGAAACCUGGUUAUUAGAAUGAGGUACUUCGUUGUUUGGCCGGGCCAGCGUCAAACUAACCAAUGAAACUGAAUAUCUUAGGUUUGACAUUUUUUUUACUAAACUUGGUAUUUAGGAAGAGUUUAUGGAGACCUUUCAUAGGAUUGCAUUUCGGCCCCUGGGGUCAAGGUCACUGUCACUAAAAAUAGAAAAGACGGUUGAAACAGAAUCUCACAAUGAAGGGUUGAAAUCUUCUGUCAAUUAUUGAAAACCUGGUUUCAUCGCAUUGUGGCAUUUCUUGUUUAAAUAUAUGAGCUCAUUUAAAAUUUGUUAACAUAACAAAUUUUUGAACAAUCGCCCCAUUGAUGACUAAAGCUUUGUGCUGCUUAGAUUAGAUCCCGCUGUUUCUCAGGUACACAUGUUGUUGUUUUUUGUUUCAUAUGCUUUAGUUUAGCUUUAACUGUUGCUGAAUGUUUAUUACAGUUUCACGCAUUGUGGUUUAUUUAAGUGUCCCAAUGAACAAGUUUAUAAGAAAAUUGUGUAUGGUAAAUGUUAUCAAUAUAUUGAAAUGUUGAAUAUUUAUGUUGGAAUCACUUUUUGGAGCAAGGCAUAUAAUACAAGUUUCACUUAAAAAUACAUAUUGUGAAUCUAAGUAUAAUUCUGCAAGUACCAGUUAGCUUUAUAGAGUUCAUGUAUACUAUUUGUGCAAUUAUAUAUGAAUAAAUGAUAUGUUUAGCA